AUGCGUACAAAUGAAUGUUUAUUUUCAGAGAGAGCAUAUGUGAGCGUGUCACUCAACGUAGCUCUCUGUGUGCGUAUGUCUGCACAAGUAUGCACGCAUUUUCUUAUCGGCCUUUCACUUCUUUAUGAUAAUGUUGUUUUUAUGCUUUCUUUCUACAAGAAUCAACUAAUGGAGCCAAACCUUUAUAGUGUUUUUUUUCUAUCUAUCUAUCUAUCUAUCUAUCUAUCUAUCUAUCUAUCUAUCUAUCAUGUUGUUAAUUUCUUAACGGACUCCGGCAUGGUGCAUCUCUCAUUAUAUCACUCCUAUUUGACCGGAUUUCUCUCCUCUCUUUCUCCAUCUUCCUCUCUCUUUCUUCAUCCUCCUCUCUCUUUCUCCAUCCUCCUCUCUCUUUCUCCAUCUCCCUCUCGCUUUCUCCAUCCCUCUCUCUUUCUCCAUCCCUCUCUCUUUCUCCAUCCCUCUCUCUUUCUCCAUCCCGCUCUCUCCCUUCCCCUCUCUCUAUUCCUUUCCCUCUCUCUAUUCCUUUCCCUCUCUAUUCCUUCUCUCUCUAUUCCUUCUCUCUCUCUAUUCCAUCCCUCUCUCUUUCUCCAUCCCGCUAUCUUUCUCCCCCCUCUCUCUUCCUUCCCCUCUCUAUUCUUUUCCCUCUCUCUCUAUUCCUUUCCCUCUCUAUUCCUUUUCUCUCUAUUCCUUCUUUCUCUCUAUUCCAUCCCUCUCUCUUUCUCCAUCCCUCUCUCUUUCUCCAUCUCUCUCUGUCUCUAUUCCUUCUCUCCCUCUAUUCCUUCUCUCUCUCUAUUCCUUCUCUCUCUCUAUUCCAUUCCUCUCUCUAUUCCAUCCCUCUCUCUAUCCCUUUCACUUUUCACUCUCCCACUCUCUCUUCUUAUCUCCCAUUCUCUCCUUUACCGUCACUCUUUGCAAGAUUUUCUGGACAUCUGCCUUCCUUUCUCAAAUUAUUUGCGUUUAUAUGCUGAUAUGCCAAUCUCUGUCGACCGUUUUUUUCUAUUUUAG